CAAGCUCGAAAACAAACAACGACAACAGUAUCCAUCGUUUUAUUUUCUACCCAUUACUCGUGCCUCGGUUACCAAUAAUCACCAACCGUUCCUUGCUUGUUCCCAAACAUGACUGCCAAAGAAGUCGUGGUCGUCCUGAAUCGGACAGAGACAUCACCAGUGACUUCUACCCCUGCGCAGCUCACGUGCGUUUUCAACUACGUCUGGGACGGUGACCGCGAGGUGGGAAGAGCUUACCUUUCCACCGUCAACGGGUGCUCCUGCGGUGCUGCCCUGGACGACGGGUCGGGCACCAAGUCAUUCGCCGGGGCCCCUGUCUGGGUGACGAAUCAAUUGAUGGGCGGCCCGAGUUUCGAGGUCAGCAAGUUCGCGUUGAAGGUCGGAAAGGCCGACAAGGACACAAAGGCCGCGAUCUGGGUGAAGCAACAGGACAACAAGGAAAAGUUGCUGUACAAGUCUGCCAACUAUUGAACGAAGGAUACGCGCUCAUGAUGAAUAAUAAUACAUCAGGAAUUCUUUCCUCGAAAUGAUGAAGAAGCACGGUAGGCCAUGGAUGUGUGUCAUGGAGACUACUGAUGAGGCACACCCAAAGUUGCUAGUCAAGAUACAGUGAUAUGAUUUCAAGGUCUUGAGAGGCUCAGGAUGAGCUGGUUGACUAGUCACCUAGAGUCACUG